CGCAUGUCAUCGGCAUCAAGAAAGAAGAGGUCGGAGAGCUGUGACUCUAUUAGAUUCUUUUAAACAUUCGAAGUGAAACUCUCUUAAAAAUGGCGAGUGUUUCCUACCACAUCGCCAAUCUUCUCGAGAAGAUGACGAGUACAGAUAAGGACUAUCGAUUUAUGGCUACCAAUGAUUUGAUGACAGAACUUCAGAAAGACUCUAUAAAACUGGAUGAUGAUUCUGAGCGGAAGGUUGUAAAAAUGCUUUUGAAGCUUUUGGAGGACAAGAAUGGAGAAGUACAAAACCUUGCUGUUAAAUGUUUGGGGCCUCUUGUGAAUAAAGUUAAAGAGUUCCAUGUAUAUUCAAUUGUGGAAUCACUAUGUGAUCACAUGGUCAGUGACAGGGAACAACUAAGAGAUAUGUCUUCCCUUGCCUUGAAGACAGUAAUCAAUGAACUACCAGCCUCAUCAACUGCUCUUGUAGCCAACAUAUGUAAGAAGGUCACUGAUCGACUAUCAGAAGCAAUUGUUCGGCAGGAGGAUGUGAGUGUACAGUUAGAAGCACUUGAUAUUCUUGGAGAUCUCUUGGCGAGGUUUGGGUCACUGCUGGUGUCUUUUCAUCCAAAUAUUCUCGAUGCUCUCUUACCUCAGCUAGCAUCUCCACGCCUUGCUGUUCGGAAACGUACAAUUGUUUCCCUUAGCCAUCUAGUAGUUUCCUGUUCUCCACAGAUAUAUGCACGAUUAAUGGACUUUUUGAUAGAAGAGUUGGGCAAAAAUACUUCCAUGUCAACUACCAGAACAUAUAUUCAGUGUAUAGCAGCUAUAAGUCGACAAGCGGGUCACCGAUUUGGUGAAUACUUGGAAAGAGUAAUGCCAUUGAUAGUACAGUAUGUUGCAGUUGAUGAUGAUGAACUUAGAGAAUAUUGCAUAUCUGCAUGUGAGGCAUUUACGCUCCGUUGUCCAAAAGAAAUUACUCACCAUUUGUCUACAAUUGUUGAAAUGUGUCUCAAAUAUAUAACACAUGAUCCCAAUUAUAAUUAUGAUGAUUAUGAAGAUGAUGAUGGGAUUAUGGACACAGAUGAAGAUGAUGAUGGAGAUGAAGAUGAUGAGUAUUCUGAUGACGAUGACAUGUCCUGGAAGGUUCGUCGCUCAUCAGCAAAAUGCUUAGAGGCUGUUAUUUCAACAAGACAUGAAAUGCUCAUAGAAUUCUACAAAACAGUUUCACCACAGCUAAUUAAUAGAUUUAAAGAGAGAGAAGAAAAUGUUAAGGUCGACAUCUUCCAUGCAUAUAUGGCGUUAUUAAGACAAACUCGUCCUUCACUCAGCCUGAGCCUAGAUCCAGAUGCUAUGGAACAAGAAGAAGGAACUAUCUCAAUGCUUAAACAGCAGGUUCCAGCAUUGGUUAAGGCUGUUCAUCGUCAAAUGAAAGAGAAGAGUAUCAAGACACGACAAGGAUGUUUUGCGUUGUUGACAGAGCUAGUACAAGUGUAUCCUGGUGCACUUACACAUCACAUACCAGCGCUUAUUCCAGGCAUACAGUUCUCACUAGGAGACAAGAACAGCAGUAGUAACAUGAAGAUAGACACCUUAUCAUUUGUACAUUGCCUAUUAGUUCACCACAGUGGUGAAGUUUUUCAUCCACAUAUUGGUGAAAUUCUUCCACCGGUCGUCACUUGUGUUGCAGAUCCAUUUUAUAAGAUAACUGCUGAAGCCCUUCUUGUGUUGCAACAGAUCGUUAAGGUCAUUAGACCGCUAGAUGUGGCUUCCUCGUUUGACUUUACACCAUACACUGGGGACUUGUAUCAUUGCACUUUGGCAAGAUUAAGAGCAGCUGAUUUGGAUCAAGAAGUAAAAGAAAGGGCUAUUGCUUGUAUGGGUCAAAUUAUUUCUCACCUAGGUGAUCACUUGCAGGGAGAACUAGGAACUUGUCUACCAAUAUUCUUGGAUAGACUUCGAAAUGAAAUAACAAGACUGACUACUGUCAAAGCACUCACAAAGGUAGCUGCUUCACCACUAAGAAUUGAUUUGCGUCCCAUAUUAGCCGAUGCUCUACCCAUCUUAUCCUCCUUUUUGCGGAAGAACCAGAGGGCACUAAAGUUGGCUACUCUUACUUUACUAGAUAACCUUGUUACCAAUUAUUCUACAGCCUUGACUCCUCAGAUGUUGGAUAAGGUACUUGUAGAACUUCCACCCCUUAUCAAUGAAUCUGACCUUCACAUUGCCCAGUUGUGCCUCAUGUUGCUCACCUCCACUGCUAAGUUGCAUAAGUCAUCCUUGGCAAAUUUCCUUCAGUUGAUAAUGCCAGAUGUUAUGGCACUUGUCAGAUCUCCCCUGUUGCAAGGUGGGGCUCUGAAAGCAAUGCAAGACCUGUUUGAGGCAGUGGUUCGUGCUGGAUUACCAGGUUUGGAAUACCAAGAUAUUCUGAACCAUCUUCUUGCCCCAUUGGUGUCACCACAGUCUGCCAACAUUCAUAAACAGGCUUACCAUUCGAUGGCAAAAUGUGUGGCGGCUCUUACCCUCACACACCCAACUGAAGCUGUAGGGGUCGUCAACAGGUUCCUUAUGGACGUAACGAAUCCAAGAUCACCAACUGUUCAGUCAUUUUCACUUCUUGCUAUUGGUGAAAUUGGCAAGCAUAUAGAUCUUAGCAGUAUCCCACAAUUGAAAGAUGCUGUGGUGGCAUCAUUUAGCUCACCAUCAGAAGAAGUGAAAUCUGCAGCUUCUUAUGCUCUGGGUCAUCUUAGUUGUGGUAAUCUCCAGGAAUACCUUCCAUUUGUUCUGUCAGAAAUUGAGUCCAACCCAAAGAGACAAUAUCUUCUCUUACACUCUUUAAAAGAGAUUAUCAGUCUUCAGAGCAAGAGUGCGGAGGGUGUCAAGGUCUUACAAGGGUUUGUUAGUGAUAUUUGGACUCAGCUGUUCAGACACACUGAGUGUGUAGAGGAAGGGACGCGUAAUGUUGUGGCAGAGUGCCUUGGGAAGUUAACUCUAAUUAAUCCAUCCGCCCUUCUUCCAAAGCUUCAGGAAUCACUCAAAACAGAUUCACCCAUGAUGAGAACUACAAUUGUCACAGCUAUUAAAUUCACAAUAUCUGAUCAACCAUCAGCAAUAGAUAGCCUACUACGACACAGUAUUGGUGAUUUCUUAUCUACGCUACAAGAUCCUGACCUCAACGUUCGACGUGUUGCACUUGUUGCAUUUAAUUCAGCUGCACACAAUAAACCUUCACUCGUUCGAGACCUUCUGGACACUAUUCUUCCACAACUCUACAACGAGACAAAAGUUAGAAAAGAACUCAUACGAGAAGUUGAAAUGGGUCCAUUCAAACACACUGUGGAUGAUGGUCUAGACAUUCGAAAAGCUGCCUUUGAAUGUAUGUAUACAUUACUAGAAACCUGUUUAGAUAGAGUUGAUAUCUACGUUUUCUUAGAGCACGUUGAAGGAGGACUUCGAGAUCAUUAUGACAUCAAGAUGCUCACUUACUUAAUGCUUACACGAUUAGCCCACUUGUGCCCUCAGGCUGUUUUACAAAGGCUUGAACGACUGGUUGAGCCUCUGCGUACAACUGUAACUACGAAAGUCAAGGCCAACUCUGUCAAACAAGAAUACGAGAAACAGGACGAGUUGAAACGUUCAGCCAUGAGAGCAGUUGCAGCGUUGCUAACUAUUCCAGAUGCUGAUAAAAAUCCUCAGCUUUCUGAUUUUGUUGCUCACAUCAAGUCAACUCCUGAAUUGCAGUCCCUCUUUGAUUCAAUUCAACGUGAUGCUUGCCCCACACACGAUGCGAUGAUGGAUUUAAGUUGAAUAAAGUUGAAAUAUGUAUGAGAUGUUAUUUAUGCUAGAUCAAAAAUUCAUAAAGAAUAAUAUUUGUAUACAUUGUUUUUCAUUUUUAUGAAAUUGAUGAGCUUUGUAUACAAAAUUUAAAUUAUAGCAUCGCGAUCAGUGGAGUCUUGGUGCAUCCCUGGUGGAGUCCACAAACAAUUGCUAGCUAUCAGAUGUACCAGCAGUGUUGGCCAUGUUGUGAAACUCAAUUUGGGCAGUCCUAAUUCAUUACAUGAAAUUUCAAAAGUGCUUUCAUACAGUGAUCAUUGGGGUUCAGGCUGAAUUAGUGAAUGUGCUCUUAACCACGUGGCUCCAAGAAGUGCAGUGGACAUAAACAAUUAUAAAAGGUGACUUGUGAACUAGUUCUUGAAUACGCCUCCUAACUAGGGGACUAGUUCUUAAAUAUGCCUCCUAAGCUGUAAAAUAAAUGAAAAAAUAUUAUUAAGUUGAAGGUCACUGCAGUAAAUAGGUAAUGUAAAUUUUCCAAGUUGUUAUGGCUCAGGUCUCUCUAGAUACAGUCUGUACAUUUGAAAAAGAUACACCAAGGGGGUGACUUUAGGUGUGUGUGUAAACAGCCACUUUCGUUGAAGUCUGUGAUUGAGUCAAUCUCCCAGCUUGCUGUGUUCUGUAAAUUUUGCAUUCUAAAUGCAUUACUUUUUUUACAUUUCUUUCCGAUUUCCUAAUUCAUACCUAGCAUUAUAUAGCUUUUUGUAUUGUCAGCUGAUAUGAACAUCAGGUUUUAUUUCAUUUGUUUGCAUACAGAUGUUGCGUUAAAAGAUAUAAGGUGAAAAACAGUGUUAUUGUUUUCUUAAGCCCAGCACAAAAAUUGUUUAAAAAAAUAAAAAAAAUAUUUAGUUUUAAAUUUAUUUAAUAACAUCUCAGUACAGUAUUGUGAUAUGAAUUAUGAACAGGUAAAGUAAUUAUGAUUGUUAUUUAUGUUAUUAUUUUAAGUGAGUUCAUGCCAUUUUUUUUUUAUAGAAAUAUCCAUGUUACCACAUGAGAUUUAUCCUUUAGACUGUUACUCAUACCACUUUUUUGUUUUUGUUUUAAAAAGUCAGUCUGUCUUGUAUCUAGAUUUAAUACUUGUAAUAUAGUAUGAACUUUCAA